CACACUCACUCCGCUCACACAAACAAAACUCACUCACCUCCGCUCAAACUCACCCCUCUCCGCUGCUCAAAUCCACCUCUCCGCUCAGAUACACCGUCUCCGCCGCUCACACUCACCUGUAAUUAGGUAAAAUCGGGGUUUCAGGUUUUCAAUCAUGGCUUCGAUUCAGGGCUUCGAUUCAGAGCUUCUUCGAUCGACGGAAUUAGGGCUUUCUUUUCUUCAUUUUGUUUUUACGUUGCUUUUCACUGUUAUGUUCUUAUUUUGUGUCUUUAUUUUCCUUAGGGCUUCGAUUAAAUUGGGGUUUUAAUGGAACUAGGGCUAGCUUCGAUUUGCAGCUUCGAUUUGCUUGGAUUUAAGUGAUGGAUGCUGAGGAAACUUGGACCGAUCUCCCCAAAUAUAGUGAACAGUACAUUACGGGUGUAAAGGCAUUUCUGCUAAAUGCCUUCCCCAAAUUUGCUGUUGGUGAUGAGAUGACCUGCCCUUGCAAAAAGUGCAAGAACAUCAAGUGGCAGAGUCACGAUCUUAUCUAUGAUCAUCUCAUCUGCAAUGGUCCUUGUCCAUUAUACCUCAACUGGAUCCUUGAGGUUUCAACCGGAAAGCGUAGACAAAAUAUUGAAGAGGGGACUGAAUAUAUGGAUGAUCCAUAUAUCACAGACUUUGGGGAUAAUUUAGAUGAGAUGUUGCGUCGUACUAACGAGCCAAAUGUCGAUGCAAAAAACUUUUAUCGCCAUCUAGAAGAGGGAAAGCAGCCUCUAUAUCCGGGAUGUAAAAACUUUUCGCGAUUAAGUUUUACUAUUAAGAUGUAUUCGUUAAAGUGUUUACACGGAAUUUCAGAGGCAGGACUUAGUGAUAUAUUAGAACUGAUCAAAGAUGCCUUUCCCGAAGCAAAUAUUCCUUUGUCUUUUAAAGCCGCGAAGAACACAAUUAAAGAUUUAGGGCUCGAUUAUCAAAAGAUACAUGCGUGUCCCAAUAAUUGCAUGCUAUUUUGGGCUGAAAAUGAAAAGGAAGAAGCAUGCAAAAAUUGUGGUGCUUCAAGGUGGACUGUAGUGGAAAAGAAAGGUGUCGGGGUCGACAAUAAUCCGAAGAUGUCGAUUCACAAGGUCCCGGCUAAUGUGAUGCGGUAUUUUCCACUUAAACCUAGGUUGCAGCGGAUGUUUAUGUCCAAAGAGUUUUCAAAACUAAUUCUAUGGCAUGCUAAAGGUCGGAAAAGAGAUGGUAAACUUCGCCAUCCAGCCGAUGCGGAGGCUUGGAAACUGAUGGAUGUUAAAUAUCCUCACUUCUCGUCAGAACAUAGAAACAUUAGGUUAGGCCUCGCUGCGGAUGGUUUCAAUCCUUUCCGCACAAUGAAUACUACUCAUACUACCUGGCCAAUCAUUUUGGUGAACUAUAACCUUCCGCCUUGGUUGUGUAUGAAGCAAGAAAAUCUCAUUCUUUCAACUCUUAUAUCUGGUCCACAGUCCCCUGGAAAUAGCAUCGAUGUUUUUAUGCAUCCCCUAAUAGCUGAAUUGAAGGAGCUAUGGGAUGCAGGCAUUCAAACUUAUGAUGCGCUUACUGACCAGAAUUUCACCUUACGUGCAAGUGUGAUGUGGACAAUAAGCGAUUUCCCCGGCCUAGCAAUGUUAUCUGGUUGGAGCACGAAGGGGAAAUUAGCUUGUCCCGUCUGCAAUUACGAGACUUCCUCCAUGUAUCUAAAACAUAGUAGAAAAUUGUGUUACAUGGAUCAUAGGAGAUUUCUCAAUCCUGAACAUCCUUGGAGGCUUGAUAAAAGGAAGUUCAAUGGCCAAACUGAAAUGCGAGGCUGUCCUGAGACUUUGUCCGGAACAGACAUAGAAGAAUUGCUGUUUGGCUUUGUAAAUCAGUUUGGAGUGAAGAAUAAACCCAAGAGAGGAGAAAAAAGAAAGCGGAAAGAAACUGUGAAAUCAAAAUCUCCUUUCAAAAAGAAAUCAAUUUUCUUCAAUUUGCCGUAUUGGAAGGACAAUUUAUGUCGACACAACCUCGAUGUCAUGCACAUCGAGAAGAACGUUUGUGAUAACAUAAUAGGAACUUUGCUUAACAUUGCUGGAAAGUCAAAGGACCACCUGAAGGCUCGUCUAGAUAUGCAAGAGCUUGGCAUCAGGAAAGUCCUUCAUCCCAUUCCUUCCCUUGACGGGAAACACCUUGAAAUACGGGCUGCCAUAUUCGACAUGACAAAAACUGAAAAAGAAAUAUUUUGCUCAGUGUUAAAAAAGACUAAAUUGCCCUAUGGAAGUGCAUCCAAUAUUAGUAGGUAUGUGAACCUGAAGGAGAGAAAGGUGUCAGGCUACAAGAGCCAUGAUGCUCAUUUUGUCCUGCAUUAUUUGUUACAAUUUGCAGUGAAAAAAACUUUAAAACCUGCUGCUGCCAUCCCUCUUAUCAGACUGGGGGCAUUUUUAAGAGGGAUUUGGAGCAAAGUUAUCAACAUAGAUGAUCUAAAGAGGCUGCAAGAAGAGAUCAUUGAAAUUCUAUGUCAAUUUGAGACGGUUUUUGUGCAAGCUUUCUUCGACAUAAUGGUCCACUUACUAAUCCACUUAUGCAGAGAAAUUAAAUAUGGUGGACCGGCUCACCUUCGAUCCAUGUGGUCAAUUGAGCGCUAUUUAAACAAACUCAAGUCUUAUGCGCGAAAUAGAUGCAGACCUGAAGGGUCCAUCGCUGAGGGUUACUUGGCUGAAGAAGGCUUAAUAUUUUGUUCAAGAUUCUUAGGUGCUGAGGGAUCAGUAUCAAAAAUUACAAAGCCUGCCAAGUUUGAAAGUUGUCCACAAAAGACUGAAUAUCCUUUAGGUACAAGAAAGAACAAAGAUGGAAAAGCUAUUGAACUAGACGAAUCAGAAUGGAUGGCAAUUCAUCGAUACGUUCUGUUCAAUUGCGGGAACACUGAAAUUGAGAGUCUGAUUGAGUUGCAUCGGUCUUUAAUUGAUGGAUCAUCGGUUGAUGGUCAUGUAAAGUCGAAAAAAUACAAGAGAGAGAGAGAACAUUCUGAGGAUUUUUGGAAGUGGCUGAAGGAACACGUUGGCAAACAGUCUAAUGUUUCAGAAGACUUGGAAGUGCUAGCAAUGGGCCCUAAUCGAGUAGCUAAGAAGUAUAGUGGAUAUGUGAUAAACGGAUACAGAUUUCAUACAAAGUUCCGAGAUGCUAAAUGCACAACACAAAAUAGUGGAGUAUUUCUAACUGCUUUGACUACGAGUUUUGCUAGUUCAAAAGAGCAGAACCCAGUGGUCGGCAAUGUCAAUUACUAUGGGGCAAUUGAAGAGAUUCUUGAAGUCGAUUAUUGGGGAGUUUAUUCAGUGGUAUUAUUCAAGUGUUGCUGGUACCAAGAAGAAAAGGACUUGUAUGGGCUGACUCGAGUUAAUUUCAACAAAUUAUGGCAUAAAUCUGAUCCAUAUGUCGUGGCAUCACAAGUUCAGCAAGUGUUCUACGUAGAAGAUCCUACUGAAAAAAUGUUGUACAACGUUAUCAGGAAAAUGCCACGGGAUUGGUGCGAUGUCGAAUCUGAAAUUGCAGAUGAUGAUAAAGAUGAUACAAAUUUACAUAAAGAAAUCAGUCUUGCUGAAAUAGAACAUGAAUUCAAUGAUGCUAGUUGGAUGGAAGAAUACGUAAACCUCAGAUUCCAUCACCAGGGAGAGUUUUUGAGUACAGCAUAUGCUGGUGGGGAAGAAACCGUCAUAGGGGAUGUCGAGUGUGAUAGGUUUUCGUAUACUGUGUUGAUGGAGUAUAUCAAGGACGACCUGAAAUAUUCAGAGAUUGGAGGUGUCUACGUUUACGAGGGCAAGCCAUGGGGUUGGAAGUUGUUGUCAAAUGAUGCUGACCUCUCUGCAGUGGGUCAAGGGCUCAAUAAUUUUACUGACUUUUACAUUGACAACGUUGUUGAUCCUACUAUUGAGCCUAUCAAGCAAAUGCAGCCGCACGUAAUUAUAAGGCCAAGACAGGGAGUAUUUGCAUGUAUGGCUAUGUUGUCUGUCGUUUGUAUUAGAUAUGAUAUAAUGUUAGACAAAUAG